AUUUUCCUACUCGCCCUCUGACAUCAGCCACCUCCUGAGUCUCUGCAGAGUGUCUGCGCUAAACCUAAUCCCUGGCGAUGAAAAAUGAGCCUCUCCCCCACUCGUGCUGCUGCCUUGUGCCUCACGCCCCCAGAGAAGAGUUUCUUUGUGAGGCAGCUGGUGAAGGUUUUUUUCCAAGUCACAUGAUCAAGGAUGCAGGGGAGAAUCCUUCUUGGAACCGAGAUGGGCCCAGAACCGGAGCAGAUGUGGAGCGAUAAGGUGUGAUGUGGGGAAGACUAUAUAAGAAUGGGCCCUGGGCUGCAGCGAGCACUCCACCGAGUGGCCCCUUCUCAAGACACAGCCAUGCACGAGCCAGCAGGCUCCGUCGCCAGCCACUGGGGGACCACGAGCCGCAGUUACUUCUACUUCACCACGGCCACGCUGGCUGUGUGUCUCAUCUUUGCUGUGGCGACCAUCAUGGUGCUGGUGGUUCGGAAGUCGGACUCCAUUCCAACUCCCCCAGGAAUAUUCCCCCUUAAAGGAGGAAACUGCUCAGAGGACAUCUUAUGUAUCCUGCAGAGGGCUCCGUUCAAGAAGUCAUGGGCCUACCUCCAAGUGUCAAAGCACAUAAACAAAACCAAGUUGUCUUGGAACCAAGAUGGCAUUGUCCAUGGACUCAGAUAUCAUGAUGGGAACCUGGUGAUCCAGUUUCCAGGUUGGUACUUCAUUAUUUGCCAACUGCAGUUUCUGGUGGAAUGCCCAGAACAUUCUGUCGACCUAAAAUUGGAACUUCUCAUCAACCAAGAUGUCAAAAGGCAGACUUUGGUGACAGUGUGCGAGUCUGGAGUACAAACCAAAAACAUAUACCAGAACCUCUCUCAGUUCCUGCUGGAGCACCUCCAGGUCAAUACCACCAUCUCGGUCAAGGUGGAUAAGUUCCAGUAUGUGGAUACAAACACCUUUCCUCUUGAGAAUGUACUAUCCAUCUUCUUAUACAGUAGUUCAGACUGAACCCUUUCUCCUGGCCUCUACCAUACAGCACCUCAUCCAUCCAAACACUUGGGCAAAAAGGAAACUAGACCAAGACUGAAACCACAAAGGGUAUUACAUAGUAUGCUUCUCCUUCUGUCUCUUGGAAAGAUACAGCUCCAGGGUUAAAAAGAGAGUUUUGAGUGAAGUGUCUUUCAGAGAGAAGGCAAGGAAGCAAUGUCGUGUGGUGGACAGAGCCCCCAAAGGGAAUCAGAAGGGAUGGAUGUAUGUUCCAACCACUAACUCACUGUAUGACCUGGACCUAUUCCUUUCCCCUCCUUGGAACUCAGGAUCCACGUCUGAAAAAUGAAGGGGCUGGAUUCGAAUCUCUCCAAGGUCUCCUCCAUCUCAGAAGACCAGCCUCCCUCAUCACAGACCUGGAUUCCAGACAGAGUUCUGGAAGCCCCCAACCAAAGGGAAAGCCCCCCACCAGUGUGAAACCAAUGGUACUGGCAGCAUCUGGCUGCACACCACCUCAGCAGAGUCAGAAUUUGGAGACAAAGUUCAGGACACCUGCCAAAUGGUGUGAAUUGUAGCACCUAAAAUGCAUAAGAAAGGACUGCCAAACUGACCACCCAGAACCGAAGAGGCCUUGUGGAUAUUUGAGAAACCAUCUGAUCAGGUUUGACUCCAUUCCAGUUAAGAUGGACAAGAACUCAACAACAGAGAGUUUCUGUUUCCUGUCAGAAAAGUGCUAUGCCUUCAGCACACUCUCAAAUCAUCGUGCAAUGGGCAGAAGAUGCAAUCAUUUGGUCAGGGCAUAGCUGCCCAUCUCCCACAUGAUCUCUUCCUGCUCCCUGCUUCAAACACCUCUCAGAAAAUCAUUUCUUUGGGAGCUUUUAAGGCCCCACAAAGUUGUUGACAGACAAUGACAACCUUGGAAAUGGCGUAAAGAACUUCUCUGCACAAUGACAACCUCGUCUCCUGAUUUGGAUAACCAGGAGAUUCUCUAGCUCCAUCAACCCUUACAACUGUCCAUCAUCUCUGAAGCAGCAUCUUAUUGUUUGAAAGUUCCACUGGACUUAAGUGUAAGCUGCUGAGGUUAUUCCUCAGAAAGAAAAGGGGCUCUUAACUGCUACACAAAAGAAUGAAACAAAAUUUGCAUGUUUCUCAAGAAGGAGGAGAGAAAAGAAAGGUGUCAAAAUUCAGGAAAGUUUGUUAAAGUUUAGAAAAGAUCUAAAAGAAGGGAAAAAAUCAGUAGGGGUGGUAUGGAUGAGAAGGACUUGGGAGAACAGAAAAGACUAAAGGGAAAUUUUAAGUCCUUUGCUGAACAGCAUGCUCUGUUGCCUCCUCCUAAGUCAGUGAAAUACUCAGUAAAAGUCUACAUUUCUCUUCAAUGCUUCUGUGAGUAGAUUCUUGGGGAGCAGGGUGCAUUGGAAGAGGUGUUGCACUCAGCAAGACAAGAGAUAUGUGAUAAUAACACAGACAGGUUUUGAGGGCCAAAAGCUAGAGAAUAAGGUGGCCUGUGGGCAUUUGAGUUCUACCCUAACUCUGUAAGACAAAUGAAUCUUGCUUUAAACCAAGUCAUUCAUGCACUCCUGGAAAGGUAUCUGCAACCUAAGCAAAUGUCAACAAAGCAAUUUUUUACUGUUUCAUAUUCCAACUCGAGAAAGGUUUCAUUUGCACUUUUUACCAACCAUCCUCUGAGCAGAGGUGCCUGACUUUGACAUUGUGAGUGAUUCUCAAUAUUAGUCUCUAUCAAGCAAUACUCUCAAAGCCAACAGCUGAAGACAUAGGGAGCACAGCUUAAAAGGAAUCUUGUAGCAAGACAAAAUAAUAAGAGAAUAAUCUUUAGUAAUUCACCUGAUAUGUAGGGGGUAGACAACCUAAGAAGUUCAAAACUAAAUUCUGUUACUCUCUGAGGGUUAACCAGCCCCCUGGGAAUAUUAUGAGCAAAUGACACAAUCUAUGCAAAUAAAAUAAAUGAUUUUUGUAACUGGGAAUUCAGGCUACCUGAAACAUAUAUCUCUCUGGUAGAAACUCAACUGCUCUUUCCUCCACUCCCCAAUACAUACACACAUUCAUACAUACAUACAUACAUACAUACAUACAUACAUACACACACACACACACACACACACACACACACACACACACACUAUACUUGUAAAACUUGUAGAGGAGGAUGAGUUGAUAAAAAAAAAAAAGUAACAAGUCAAUGAAGACUAACUGUAUUCCUGCCCUUGGGAAAAUUCAUACCACUGAUUAUUCUGACACAAGGCCAGAGCCUUUCAGUCAAGAAGAUACAGUAGUCAUUUGUAUCAUCUCUGGAAAGAUCCUGAGAGAUCAGCAGAGCCAACGUUUGAAAGGAAGUCCAGUGAAAGGCAGGGGUUUGUCAAGUCCUUACACAUGAUUAGUAGCAGAGCCAGGAAUGGAGUCCAGCUUCCUGUCUCCACUAUUUCCCAUUGGGCUUUAUUGGUCCCCUCCACAGCCUUUCUCUAAAAAAAAAAUUAUAUAUGUCUCAGAGAGGAAGGGAGAGGCAGAGAGAGAGAGAAACAUCAGUGAUGAGAGAGAAUCAUUGAUCAGCUGCCUCCUGUAUGCCCCCUACUGAGGAUGGAGCCGCAACCCAGGCAUAUGCCCUGACUGGGAAUUGAACCGGUGACCUCCUGGUUCCUGGGUCUAUGCUCAAACACUGAGCCACACCCAGCUGGGCAGCCUUUCUGUAAUUCCUUAGGUUACAGCUUUGGAGCCCUGCAUUGGAGCAGCCAGUGUUCAGGGCUGUCCCCUGUUCUGCCUCUGCCACUCCAGUCACUGCUGGAUGAUCAUGCUAAUGUGAGACACAGAUGGUCUCCAGAUUCAAUAAGUGGCCAAAUCCAGAAAAAGGUUAGAGUCCCAUGAUAUAAAGUUCUUUCUCAGAAACUGAAGAAAUAUGUAAGCCAAUAAAAAAAGUUUGUUUAAAUUUGAAGUUAUACAUAUGUGUAUAUGUGUAUAUGCAUAUGUGUGUAUACUAUGUGUGCGCACACAUAUGUGUAUAUACGUGUGCACAUGUGUGUAUUAUACAUUUAUGUGUAUUAUAUAUACAUGUAGUGUGUGUGUGUGUGUGUACUUCUCCCUAAUUGCUUUAAAGGUCAUCUGCUUAAUCCAGGGGUGGGCAAACUUUCUGACUCGAGGGCCACAAUGGGUUCUUAAACUGGACAGGAGGGCCGGAACAAAAGCAUGGAUGGAGUGUUUGUGUGAACUAAUAUAAGUUCAAAGUAAACAUCAUUACAUAAAAGGGUACGGUCUUUUUUUUUUAGUUUUAUUCAUUUCAAACGGGCCGGAUCCGGCCCGUGGGCCGUAGUUUGCCCACGGCUGGCUUAAUCAGAGGUCAGGGGAGGAAGCCUGAUUCUUGCUCUGGGCAUUAUAAAAUGUAUAUUCAUUUGUAAAUAUUUUUUAAUUAUAGAAAGAACAGAAAAUAGUAUUUUUCCCAUGCCUCACCAGCUAAUUUAAUAACUAUUAAUAUGUUACUAUAUGUCUCUGCUUCUGUUUAAAAAGAAAAUAAUCCAUAUAGAGCUAAAAUCUCAACCCUCCAUCCACGUUCCUACACGCUCCUCAGAAAAAAGCCCUUGCCUGGAAGUUUGUGUGUCUCCUCCGCUUACAUAAAUUUAUACUUGCUCUCCCAUUAGACUAUAUAAGAGAGUUUUGUGUGGAUUUUAACAUUUCAAUAAACAAUAUCAUACUUUAUAUAA